AUGUUUCUUCUGACCGUAGGUGAGACACUCCCGACACCGCCACCCCCGCAUUUACCACCACCACCACCCCCGGUGCCACCCAGACGAAGAAAGAAAAAACUAAUAAACGCAGAAAUUUGCAGGGAUGAAGAAAAACGUGACGGAAUGGAUGUUAAGAUGUGUGCGAAAAGAAUUGAUCGGAAACGUUUACCCCCACCACCACCGCCAUAUCAAAUACCAAGAAAAACUAAAACCAAAUUCGUUGAUAAGAAUGAAAUUCAAACGAGAAUUAUAAUUCACGAAGAAUCUUUGAAAAUUGACAUUGGGGAUGAACGGAGUGAGGAGGACAUCGUUUCUUUACAAUCGUCAGAUCAUUUUUCUCAUUUUGAAAAUAAUAUUUUGAAAACGAGUGACGAAAGACUCGAAGAACAAUUGAAACUUCACGAAAAUACCAAAAGAGAGUCGACGGUUAGUGAAAGUAUCGAAAAAAAUGAUUUCAAGGUUGAUGAGGAUCCUAAAAAAGAAUUGAAAGUCGAUGAGAGAACUGAAAGUGAUUCGAAGGUUUACGAAAGUCCCAAAAGAGGUUUCAAGGUUGAUUAUCAGAGGCCUAGAAGAGAAUUAAAGAUCGGUGAAAGUCCACUAAGUGAGUUGGAGGUUAGUGAAAGUCAACUAAAAGAGUUCAAGUUCAGUGAAAGUCCAGUAAAAGAGUUGAAGGUUGCUGAGAGUCCAUCGAAAGAGUUCAAGGUUGCUGAAAAUCCUAAAAGUAAUUUAAAAAUUAACGAAAAUUCUGAAAAAAACGACGAACCGUUUAUUGUUUCACCCAGAUACGGUGACAUUGUGAGAAAAAAAGAAUUCAAUAAAUAUCCACCCCUAUUUUUUACCCUCGAUGAUCUUCGAAAUGUCAUAACUGAUGACAAUUCAACGAUUGAAAACAGAUCGGAAGAGACAAGUAUCGAAGAAAAUCCGAUAAAAAAUGUCACAGGAAUAGAAUCGAAAGUUGAAAAGGAAGUUGACGAGAAUUCAUUCGUAGAUAAUAAUAUCACCAUGGAAAAUGAGAUUUGUUUUCGGGUAACACCGACAAAUUUUCCCUUUGAAAAAUGUUUGGAUAGAUGGAAAACUUCGUUAGAAGAAAACGAGGAAUUCGGUAUCGAAGAUAGGAACAGUUUUAUUUUUGAAAAUUACAUCGACAGAAGUAACAGGUUGAAUGUUAGACGAUCAAGGUCAUCAAUGUGUUACGAUAUUAUUGAAACUGAUGGGAAUAAUAUAAUCGAGGAACAUACUGCAACCAAAGUGAGAUUCGUGAUAGAAUCACCGAGUUCUUCUUCAACACCUGAUGAUCUUGAUGAUGAUAGUUUUCCAAAUGUUUCCAACGAGGAAACUUCUGAAUUAUCGAUAAAUAAUCAUCAACUAAAUCAAUCGGACACUCAAAUUUUCGACAAAGCUGAUUUAUUCGGUGAUGUACCAUUCGGUUCGUUGUUAAAUAAGAAAAACAAUACCAAUGAAAAUUCCGAAAUCAUUUGUCGUACGGUUAAUUUAAUAAAAGAUAAUUUAGAAUCUGAAAAUAAUCAAAUGAAAUCAUCUAAUGAAGAUAAUAAAUCUGACGAAUUUACUUCCGAUAACACAUUAUCUUUAUUUUCGGAUAAUUGUUUUACUGAAAAAGAAAUAGAUGAAUUUAAGAUAGAACAUAAUUGUUCAUCUCAGAAAUUAUCAAUGAAUUUUGAAAAUAUUAAAAACAACAAGGAGAAUGAGAACGUUGAUUACAUUUUGGAAAAUAAUCAGAAUAUUCUUGAUGAUCAAAACGAUCAAUUGCAUUCCAAAAAAGAGUUGAAUAAGAACGAGCGUAGAAAAAUUUGUUUAACUGAAUCGGUACGAAGUUUCAUGAACGAUGAUUCUUUAGUUUGGGAUGAAUCCGACGAAGACGAGGAUGAAACAUUUAUCGAUUCGAAUUGUUUAAAGUUAGACACUUCUGUGGAAGUUCAAAGUGAAGAUUCAAGUGUGACGAGAAUAGAAGAAUCAAAAGAAGAAGAAGGAAGAAGAGGAUCAAUUUUAACUGUGCCAAGUUUCCAAGAGUCUAACGAUAAGAUGAUGAUGAUGAUCGUUGAUGAUUCAACUAGCAAAGAAACUAUGAAUAAUAAUAAUAAUAAUAGUAAACCUGUUCCAGUUAACGUAAGACGAAAUUCAUUUUUAGAAACUAUGCUAACGGGUGGUGAAAUUCGAUCGAAUUGGAUGAAUUGCGAGAUCGUAGAAACUCAUCCGAAAAAUAAUCGAUCGAAUUCGAUCGAGGAAUUGAAUAAUCAAAGAGAUUCCAAUUUACUGAAAUUAAAUAAACAACAGAAUGUAGGAAAUAAUGAUAAGAAUUCGUUAUUGAAUGAAAAACGAAUGAUUGAGGAUGAUGAUAUCAUCUCAAACGUGAAAAACAAUGUUCUGAAUGAACUAAUAUCCAAUUUUUCUACGAUCAAAUUGAGAAGUGUGAUGAAAGAUGAUGACAAAUUCAAAUCAAAAUAUUCAUUGAAUAAUGUUGAAUCUGUCAUUUCGGAUAAGAAAGAUAAAAUAGAAGAAGAAGUAGAAGAAUUAGAAGUAGAAAUAAAUGGGAAAAAAGAUGAUGUGACAGAUGAUGAUGAUGAUGAAGAUAAAAAAAAGAUGAUUACUGCGAAUCAGAUAGCAGUUGAACGAAUUCAAGCGGAAAUAAAAGAAACCCGACAGUUGGACGAGCAGAUGAUGAUGAUGACAAAAAAUAAGAAUUCUGAGAUUCGUAAAAAGAAUUUCGAGUUUGAUUUAAAUCAUACUUAUAUUAAAGAUUCUAAGAUAAUAAUUAAUAACGAUAUCGAAGAUAAUUUGUCUUCGUGUGUACGUGAAAUUAUUGUAGGGAAUGAACAAGUGAUGAAAAUAAAUAUGAUCGAUGAUGAUGAUGAUUUAGAUGAAACAAUUAGAAAUGAGAAAGAAUUAGAUUUGAAGAAGAUUAUGAAGAAAACAAAUCAUAGGACAAAGUAUGAUGAUGAUUAUGAUGAUGAUGAUGAUUUAGAUGAAACAAUUAGAAAUGAGAAAGAAUUAGAUUUGAAGAAGAUUAUGAAGAAAAAAAAUCAUAGGACAAAGUAUGAUGAUGAUUAUGAUGAUGAUGAUGAUAGCGUUGAUAAUAAGUGUGCCAUAAUUAGAGAAAAGACUCCCAUUGUAAUAACCCAUUGUAAUAAUGAUGACAAUAACAGGGCCAUAACGACACCCGUAGAUUUAAGUAACGACCAAUCGUUAGCCGAUCAUGACGAGACACUAACGAUAAUCCCAGGUAGCGUUAAGAAUUUUGUUAAAUAUUACGAGAUUAUCCGUCAGGAAAAAACGACGGCCUUUGAAGAUUCUAAAAUUAAUGAUAGGAAGAAAAUGUUAGUUAGAUCGAAGGAGGAAAACAAAUUACGUUCGAACGUAUCGAACAAGAUCAGAAAUUUUGAAUAUAAGGAACAAUCUGAUAAACCGGCUGCGAGAACUAAUUACAAUGAAGUAUACUACAAAGAAGUUGAGAAGAUUGAUGAAAAGAAAAAUGAUUUUUAUCCGAUAACGAGUAGUCCUGAAUUAUUGACGAAUGAUAUUAGUUACACCAUGAUUGUUAAAAAGGUUGUUCAACAACAACCUAACGAUAUGAAAAUUGAGUGCGAAGAAAAUUCAUUGGGAUCAUCGAUCAAUGGAUUUGAUGUUAAUGAUGAGGAUCAAAAUUCGGUUGAAAUUAUUCAUCGUAAGAAAUCAGUGCAAUUCAGUAGUGAACAAGAGGUUAUGAUGAUACGGGUUCAAGAUAAUAAUCAUCAGGAUGAUCAUGAAACUACUUUCUCGCAGCCUGUUAAACAACAUCAUCUUACACAGGAAGUCGUCCCCGGGACGGAUUACCAGAAAAAUUCAGGUAUUAAUCGAAUCGCUUCCAACGUUGAAAAUAACAACACACGCCUCGUAUUUUAUUGUACGGUUUAAAAAACCAUCAUUAUUUUCCUACCAUAGUGUUAGUUCUAUUAUUAUUAUUUUUUUUUUUUACAUAUUGUCGAAAAAACAUUUUAAUUUUUUACUUAAAUUGUCCUAACACGCAACAACAAAUUUAUUUUUUUUUUAUUCAAUAGACUGUGUCGAAUAUUUAGAAAAAAAAAAAAAAAAAAACAAGAAAUAAGGUUCCUCGAAAUAUUUUACAAAUAUUUUUAUUGUUGUUGUUGUUGUUGUUGUUGUUAAACAAUCUUCUUCUUUUUAAUUAUAAUUAGUAUUCGCAUUAAAUCUCUUAGAGUAAAAGAAACAAAAAAAAAAAGAACAAUUCGAGAUAGAAUCUUUUAAGCGUGUACGCGUGUACAUACAUACAUACAUACAUACACGUAUGUACAUAUAUUGUGUGAUAUUCGUGAUACGUUUUUAAACAAAUAAAAAGAGCAAAAAGAAGACAAAAAAAAAUAAGAAAGAAAGAAAGUAAGACAGUAGGAAGAAUCUUUGAAUCUUUUCGUUUGUGAAAGUCAGCUUUUAGCUCUGUUAUUGUCGAUAGUGUAAUACAAACCACCACCCCCCACUCCCACCCCCGCCCCCCUUUCUUACCUCGCGAGAAACCCCCAUAGAAAAUAUUCUUAUUGUUUAUUCUUCUUCCUCCUCCUUCUCUUCACCUGAAACCGCCCCCCCCCAUCCCCCUUUUAUUUUCUUUUUAUUUUAUUCGUUUGAUAUUGUUUAAUAUAAAACAACAAAAGUUAUGCACGAGUGUUUAUCCUACCCUUUAGCAAUGCGUGUGUGUAACAACACACACACACACGUGCAUGUUCGAAGUAAUUGCCCUUAGUGAGACAAAGAAAAACUAAUAAAGAGAGAAAGAAUGUAUGAGUAAUUAUGCGUUGAGUUUGUGUUUGUUUGCACACGUGCAAGUAUGUUUUAUGCGUAAAUGUCUCUCUGUGUGUUUGUAUGUGUGUGUGCGUGUGUGUAGAAAAUAAUUAAGUUUAUUCGUCACAAUGCGUUACAUAUAUGCACGAACCUUGUUUUAUAGUACAGCAAUAUACAAUACGUAAUAUAUAAUUCAUACAAGAUACAUAUAUAUGUACACACACGUUUAUGUAGACAUAUGUAUGUGUUUGUGUUUAUAUAUAUAUAUAUAAAAAUAAUAAGUUUCCUCUCCUGGAACGUGCAAUCAUUCGAGUUUAAAUAAAAUAAAAUAAACCACACAAUAUAUAAUAGUUUUUUUGCUGUUGUAAUAUGUAAUGUACAUUACAUAUUAUAAUAUAUCUGUAAUAUUACGUUAACGGUCUUAUUAUACUUGUUGACUUAUUAUUUAAGUGUGUGUGUCUAUUUUAAACAAAUUUGUUUUUAACGUUACACGUUAUAUCGAAGUUUUACGUUGAAAAAUGAUUUGUUCGUGUAAGAGAAGGAGAAGGGGAUGAAGAUGAAGAAAAAAUUUUCAAUAGAAAAAAAAACAAACAGAUAGAAAAAUGUGUACUACUAUCUACUACCCAUUACCUAACUACUACUAAAUUUUUUAACUGUCUGUACUCUGUUUUACAAACCGAGAUUCAUCUGUUUUACCGACCGAGUUUUAAUCUGUUUUACCGACAGAGGUUUUUAACUGUUUUACCAUCAGAGCCACGAAAGUAAAGGAACUACGGAAAUAAAGAAAGCAAUUAUUAAUUUUAAAUGAUCAAUGAGUUUGCAAUUACCUGCAAUAAUUCUUUUCUUUAUGCAAAGAAAAUUUGUUUAAUGUCGGUACUCUGCUUUACUCACCGAGAUUUAUCUGUUUUACCGACUAAGAUUUUAACAAAUGUUUCCUUCGUGUUUAUUAAACAAAUAAACGAAUAAGAAAAAAAAAUAAAAUAUAUAUAUAUAUAUA